GUGGAACGCCUACAACCGAAUUACUGGCCCUCUAACCAAAUCUACCUGGCAAAAUGUGAAUUUGCUCGUUCGUGCUACACAGAGGCGAAGACAUGGAUAACGCGUGCCGCGGAGUUACUCCAGGACAAGGACAAAUCCAUUGGCGACGAGACUGAUCGCGCUGAACUGUUGGCUGAAGUGGCCGUCCUUCAACCAAAAUACACCUCCUAUGUCUAUGUCUGA